GCAGCCUCUGCCCGCAGGCUGGGGGCGAUGGCGCCGUGCCCACCCCGCGGCCACCCGGGAUGAGCCGUGGGUGAGCCCGGCUGCUCCGGGGGAAGUUGAAGGCUGUGUCCCCGGCGGGUCGCUCGGCCGGCUGCGAGGGGGCGGGGGGCGCCGGGCGCCCGAGGAGGAGCCCGAGCAUUCCCACGGCGGGGACAGCCGGCGAGCGGGCGGCGGGGCUUCAUGGGCUGCCCACGCCAACAUGGUGCUCGCCCUCAACGGCAGCCACCUCUACGGUAACCUCCGGCCCCUGGUCCUGGAGGACCCGCGGGCGCUGAGCGGCGGCAGGAUGAUCGCCGGCUCCUGGCCCCCGCGCAGCCUGGCCAAGCUCGGUCCGUCUCCUGCCCCGUCGGCGCUGCCCACGGCGAGCCCCCUCCCCGCCAACGACUCCCAGUGCGGAGAGCAAAUCCUCAGCUACGGCAACGUGGAGAAAGUUCUCAUCGGGGCCGUGCUCUGCCUCAUCACCCUUCUGACCAUCGCCGGCAACUGCCUGGUGGUAAUCUCUGUCUGCUUCGUGAAGAAGCUGCGGCAGCCCUCCAACUAUCUCAUCGUCUCGCUGGCCCUGGCAGAUCUCUCGGUGGCCCUGGCCGUCAUGCCCUUCGUCAGCGUCACGGACCUUAUCGGCGGUGAGUGGAUCUUCGGGCGCCUUUUCUGCAACGUCUUCAUCGCCAUGGAUGUCAUGUGCUGCACGGCCUCCAUCAUGACCCUCUGCGUGAUAAGUAUCGACAGGUACCUGGGAAUAACAAGACCUCUUACGUACCCUGUAAGGCAGAACGGGAAGUGUAUGGCCAAAAUGAUCCUGUGUGUAUGGCUGUUAUCUGCCUCGAUCACCAUACCCCCGCUCUUCGGUUGGGCCCAAAAUGUAAAUGACGAAAAGGUUUGUCUGAUCAGUCAAGACUUCGGCUACACCAUUUACUCCACAGCAGUUGCAUUUUAUAUCCCAAUGUCAGUGAUGCUUUUCAUGUACUAUCAGAUUUACAAAGCUGCCAAGAGGAGUGCUGCUAAACACAAGUUUACUGGUUUUCCCCGCCUAGAAGAAACG